AGAACAUCACUUAUAAAUAGCUGUGAUAGCGUGCCAACAGCUUCAGUUCUUCAAAACGCACAUUUAGCUCCUUUCCUUCGUGUAAAUCAUCAUGGACGAUGAGAUUUCGCUCCCCGCCGACACACUAGCUAUCCUCAACGAGUUCCUCUUGGAGCGUUCCAAACGCGAAGCUGAGGAGGAGAUUCAAAUUGCAAACAAGACCGGAAAGGAUGCGCUUUUUGAGGAAGAUUGGCAACUGAGCCAGUUUUGGUACAACACGAAAACUAAACUCACUUUGCGCGAUGUUGUGGGCAAGUUGCUGGCGCAGCAAAAGGAGGAUUUGGAAGACUUUCACAUAGCACUUCUCUCCUGCCCAUCGCUUUACAAGGACAUUAGGAGUAUAUAUGACAAGGUUCGCAUCUUCGAGUACGAUCAGCGAUUCGCAGCCUUUGGCACGGACUUUGUGCACUACGACCUAAACUGCAUAGGCAGCAAUCCGGACUACCUGAAGGAGCACCACCAGCAGUACGACCUGAUCCUGGCCGAUCCGCCAUUUCUGUCCCAGGAGUGCAUCGCCAAUACAUGCGAAAUAAUCAAGAGGCUCCAGAAGCACCCCAGGGAGUGUAAGCUGAUACUUUGCUCCGGCGAGGUGGUAGAACCCUGGCUGACAGCGCGCCUUCCCGUGCUCAAGUGUAACUUCCGGCCGGAACACGAACGCAAUCUGGGCAACGAGUUUGUCAGCUACGCCAACUUCAAUUUAGACGAAUAUAUUGAAAAUAAAUAAUGAUGAAUGCCA